AUGCAUGAGAUGCUAGAAAGACGAGACAGUGAAUCUCCUCAGGUGUCAACUGGAGCAUUCCCUUUCUCGAUAUUUACAGUUAAAAACAUGGCAUCUCAGUUGGAAAAUGCAAUGGAAACCCUUAUCAAAGUGUUCCACACAUAUUCAUCAAAGGAGGGGGACAAAUACAAACUGAGUAAAACUGAACUGAAGAGUCUUCUACAAGGAGAACUGAGUGUUUACUUGGCUGCAAGCAAAGAUCCAAUGGUUGUGGAGAAGAUAAUAAACGAUCUUGAUCAGAACCGAGACGGAGAGGUGGACUUCCAUGAGUUUGUAAUUCUGGUGGCAGCACUUACUGUGGCAUGUAAUGAUUUCUUUGUUGAGUGUAUGAAAAAUUGA